UGGUAGAUAAGAUGAGGAAAUUAUUGUGAUGGCUGUGCAGGUGAAGACCACAUUAUUAUUACUCUCACAAAUUGCUCCGUGUCAUGUUUUCAACAGCAGAAGGUCAAGUUGUGCCCAGGGAUGGAAGUGAGAGAACAAAUACAAACAGCAAAAGCAAAGAGGCCUGAAUGUCUAUAAAAUGGAAUGUUUGAGCUCCUUAUUCUGCAGAACACGUGUCAGUGCUGCUGUAAAGCUGUUUCCAUGUGGAGAUUUCAAGGUGUAGCUCCUGGCUGUAGGUGGGCUGGGUGUGAGGUGGUGCUGAAGCGAGGGGAGGCGGCAGGGUCAGAGUGAUGCAAAACCCCAGACACACCCCUGGGAUGUGACCUUCUGCUGCUGAGGCCAGCUCCAGGGCCUGGGCCAAACCUUUAUGAAGACAAUGACAGAUUUUCCCCACUAUUUUUAAUAGUUUGUCUGCUUCAAACUGUUGGAGGCUUCAUGAAACCGUGUGGAAAUGUGUUUGCACUAUGGUGCAGUCUUAGACCUUGCAGCUUUCCCAGCAGCUGGGUGCUGAGAGGACUCGUGGUGAUGAGACCCCAUGAGCUGCACACACUUUGUUUACAACCCCUAGUACAGCAAACCCUGCCUCUGGUGAAUGCAGUGAUACCUCAGAGCUGCCUCACCUCAGCUUCUCUGUGUUCUCAGAAAGAGCAACACAACUGCUGCCUUUUGCCCUGGAUUGCACUGUAGAUGGCACUGUGAAACUAAGAUUUUGGUAACAAAGCUGUGUGUUACAGCACCUUUGCAGACGUUAAUUGCAGUGUAAUGUGGCUUUCUUUCUAGGUCCCCGAAGUGAAGGAAAAAAUUCUGAGAUGCAGAAAGGCUUAUUUGCUGCCGCAAAUGGGAAUCUGGAAUAACUAUGAAAAACACACUGAAAUAAUUGUGUUUGACUGGAACAAAAUUCUUGCAAAGUCCCCAAGGAUGAGAUUCUGUGCCAAAUCAAUGCUUCUGUCUGACUGGCUCUUUCUGGUCUAUGUGUUAAUGGUCUGCUGUAAAUUGUUGUCCGCCUCUAGUCACCAUCCCCGGGGGCACACAGGCCAGCACCAGGUGAAGCAGGGCACGUGUGAAGUGGUGGCCGUGCACAGGUGCUGCAACAAGAACCGCAUCGAGGAGCGCUCGCAGACCGUGAAGUGCUCCUGCUUCCCGGGCCAGGUGGCCGGCACCACGCGGGCCCAGCCCUCCUGCGUGGAAGCUUCCAUUGUCCUGCAGAAGUGGUGGUGUCACAUGAACCCCUGUUUGGAUGGAGAGGACUGUAAAGUGCUACCAGACUAUUCAGGUUGGUCUUGCAGCAGUGGAAAUAAAGUCAAAACCACAAAGGCAAGUACAGAGAUCACCUGUAUUUAA